GUACGUAUUUAUCCGCGUCCAUUAUAGAGACCUUCUUAACCUCACAGAGAAUCACACUCUUUCAUGGAUUGAUUUAUAUAACCAACAUCUUGUAGAAAUCAAUGAUGCCCCUAAUGAUUUAAUUGGAUGAUAUUCAAGAAGUGAUGGUAACGAUUCUGAUGAAGAAGACGACUACACACCACAGGAAGCGUAUGAACUUCGAACUGACUGGAUGUUACUGGCUGAAAUGAUGCCAAAUAGACAGACGCGUAGCUUAGAUGACUUAGGGCAGAAAGCUUCAUCCAGCAGACAAUUGGUAACAACUAGUAUCGACCUUAGGACUCUAAGUGAGAAACAAAGGUUAAUACGUGAAAGAGUAGAAUCCAUAGCACCUUUAAGAAUUAUUGUUAUGGGUACUGCUGGAACCGGCAAAUCUUACCUUAUUAAUGUUAUUCAGGGAAGGUUAUAUGAGAUCGCAAAGGAACAUAACUUACAUGAGAACAAUAUGGUAGUCGCUCCAACAGGUGUUGCGGCUUUAACAUUGAAGGCAGCACUAUACAUUCGUCACUUUCUGUUCCAAUAUGCGGGGUAAACAUUGAGAAUCUUUGAAGAAAACUAAAAUAUAUAGAAUAUUUUAUAAUUGAUGAAAUGAGUAUGGUAGGACGUCGUUUUCUUGCAUUAUUGAUUUACGACUGUGGCAAACAUUUCCAGAUCACUACAAUAUUCCCUUUGGUAGCCGAUCCAUAAUUCUUGUUGGUGACUUUGGGCAGCUUCCUCCGGUAUGUGAUAUUCCCAGGACUCUCGAAAAUCAGAUCAAUGGUCGUAGUGCCUAUAGUCAGUGAUGGAAGGUCUACACGAUCCGAAUUCCAGAAAAUAUUCCUGAAUCAGA